GGGGGCGAGAGUAAAGAAGAGACGCGAGAUUGAGACAUUUUGCGUAUGCAAUCGCUACUGCUAACAAGAUGCCUAGUAUUAUUAAUCAUCAUCACACAUUAAUUAUCAAUCACAUACAUAGUACCGUUCAAGGCUUCCAAUGAGUUUCCUUAAUCCACAAAUUCAAUGCAGUUCACUUACACACAACAUAAAGAACGUAUGUUUCAAGGACUUCAUAUUACCAUCUAAUAAUUACAAGAUAUAUAAAUUAACACUGUACAUUAAUGACAAGCACUAACGAGCGCAUGCGCGAAUAGGAAUAGAAGGAUUUUAAGUAUGGUUAAAAAGAAAGAUCUAUAAAAUUCCAUACAAGCUAACGUGUAUGUGUAGAAGGCACCUUCGAUUUGCAUAAUACGUUAUGCAAGUAAGGAAAACACUGGACCGAAGUGUACUUGACGUAUAUGUAUACUCGUUUGUGAUUCUGCCACGCUAUUGUAACCGUGAAUACAGUUACUCUAUUCAAUAUACAAUUUUCUACUAUUACUUCCUUAAGGGAUCAUUACAGUGUGACCGCCCGAAAAAUAGCCGAUUUUCGCGAUUUUUUUUUAGGUGGAUGGAAUAAGGUAAUCGGUCUAAUUUUUUUUUUACAAAUUGAAGCACCUAUGAAAUAUACAAAAUGAUUUUUUAAAAAUUUCUUCAUGUAUUGUUUAACGUUGUUUUUAUUUGUGGAAAAUGGAAUGGAAAAAAAAUGGUGUCCCAUGGUGGCCAGGACUGCGGGCGCAAAUUUUACCUCAAACAAAAAUUUCAAAUGGUUUAUAAAUCUGUAGGAAAGCCGCUAUGCUCCUAUGGAGGUUUUUUUGUUUUUAGUGAAAUUUGAAAAAAUGGCGUCGGUUUGAACAAAACGUAUAAAAUUUAGCCUUUUUUCGAGUUUUUCGUAAAAAAAAUAGGAAGAUUUCAAAAAAAAGAAAAAAGCUUCCAUAGCAACAUAAGAAAUGACGUGAAAAAUGUUCUGUUAAAAUUUCAAAUGGAUUGCUUGAAAAUUUUUCCUUUGAGAGUGGCCACCGUUUUGGAAAACACCAUUCCGAGAAAAACGCGUUUAAAGCUCGGAGUGCGCCAGGUCUGACCGUCCAAUGCCUUCUUCUAAGAAAAGCUGUAGCGACCGAAAUAAUUCGAAUUUCGACAUAAAAAUUGGACAGAAUGUUUAUAACCGUGUAUACUAUCAGAUAAUGAAAAAAAAAAUCGAUUUUUUGAAAAUUUUACACUCUGAUGAUCCCUUAAUAGGUAUUUCGAAAGAUCCGCGUCCCGGCGCACUCUUUCACCGAAUAAUUUCAUCAUUAUCACGGAUACAGUGACGGAUGCCAGGUCUGUUAAAAAUUUCCACUUUUAAUACAAGUUCACUAGGUGUACCAUACGUCGCUACCCAUAAAAUGGGUAUUCGGGUCGAACUGUGUGCACAUCGCAGUACUAAUGCAACUCGGUCACGGUCACGGUCACGGUCACGGUCUGUUCGUUCAUUCGUUCCCUCCUCUAAUAUCUUCCCACUUCGUAUUCUCAUUCCUUACCUCUCUCGUAUCCCUUCGUUCUCUUUCUAUACCGAGACUCUACCUCGCAGGUCAGCGAACUCUUCUUCGAUAACAAUCUGCACUUUAAAAGCUUAUAUACUUACGACACACCAAUGAAGUCAUGUUACCGUAAAUUAAAAAACAUUUUGCCCAAGUAAUUAUUGAAACGAAUGACUUUGGAUACAUUGUCAGGAUGUGAUGAUACAUUUACGAGCGUUUGUUGUAAGGUAUGGAUUAACGUAGCAUCAAUGUAUCACGGUGGGUAUGCACCUUUAUAUUGACACGAGGAACGCUCAUUUCUGUGUAAUGACGCAACUUACAUAGCGGACCGUUGGCACGUGAAACAUUUUGUUAAAAUGGCCUGUUAUAUCUUCUAACAGCUGCGAAGAGGCACAAGUGUUAAAAACUGUGAAAUAAUGUGGUCAAGUGCCUAGCAAUCAUUGAAAAUUCAAGAUGUCCUAGUUAUGCUAAUCGAACUAAAUCAUUCUAUACGUUAGGUAAAAUCGUUUACGAACUUAAAUUUCCAUAUAGCGGUUAUUUUAUGUAUGAUUGAUAGCGAAAUGCUCACUGUAUAAAGUAUUUCCCGUUACGCUUCAUUUUUACGCUCCGUAAUCGUUUUUGAUGGUUUAGCCAGACGUAUAAGGAUAUCGCAUGUUAUUCUUCGUGCGACCUACACCUUUUCCUGCAUGGAUAUAAUGUUUCCAAGAAGGUCGCAUUACCUUGCGGAAACGAGUAAUUACAGCACGGCACUGUUUCCACAAGGGACUGUAGACGUGUUCACUUCGAGAUAUGAUUUAUACAAAGAGAUUACCGGAAAUGUAUCUAAUCUGAUACUCUAAGAUUGGGUUGACGUUUCAUAAAAAAAAAAUAAUAAUAGGCCAAUAAUAAUUUUGUUUUAAUCAUACAGAUUUUCAAUGAUAUACAUAUACAUAUUUAAUUAAUUAUUGUCUUGUACAAUCAGUUUUUCUUUCACCUUCUUGUGACUUUAUUUUUUAAAAGGAAACAUAUGACAGAUAAUACAUUCACCCUUUGAACAGUCAACUGCUGUCCCUGAUAUGUAUUCAGCUUGUGCGUAUAUUGAUUAAAUUCUAAGAUUACUCUUACUAUGAAAAAGACGGUCUAUUCGUCAAUUAUUGUGCACUGUAUCUCAUUUAUGCUUUUUUGAGUGAAUCCAUUGACGCGCGCAGCAAUCAUUAAUUUCAUGAUCGUCAGAGAAAUCGAAAGCUCUUGACAGUCAUUCGUUUCUUCAGUGUUUAUUUGUCCUAGUCAUUCUUAUCAUAUCCUUGACGUGCAUGUAUGAGUCGUCUGGAAAUUUUAAGCUAAAUGUGGAUUCUUGAUGGGCAGGCAUUUUCGUAAAUAUGAGACGAGUUUCAUUACGCAAAGCUGCGGAAAGCCGACAGGAAGCCGAGCGACGGCGUAGACCUUGCAGUAAGAUUGAAGAAAGAAUACGCAGUCGUAGGUUAAAUAAUGCACAGCGUGUCAGGUCACCGGGAUUGAAGAUCAGCAACGUUCAGUCGACAUCAAAAGUAAAUGACUGGGAUUAUAAAUGCUCUAAUGAGAUGUCACCGGAUUCUUCGAGUUUAGACAGUGACGAUAACAUUCCUCGAUUACGCACGAGUAAACAACGAGUGGAUUUGCUCGAGUUAACACCUCGUCGCGGGUCUUUGAAUCGACCCAGGAAGGACAAGGACGUACGAAGGUCUAUUUCAAGAGGUGAAAACCUAGUUAGGACGUCAAUGUUGAUCAGGGUAGAGAACAGACCAAGGAGCGAGUCCCUUACACCGUUGUUCAGAAUAAAAUCACCAAAGUAUACAUGUCCUAAAGACAUUUCUGUGGAUUAUAUUAAAAUUUUGGAUAAAGACUGGAUAGGGCAGAAGAAUGAAGAACUUUUAAUGGAACAGAAUACCGUGCGCGACUGUUCAUCCACUUCUAUUGACCAUCAGGAACUUGAGGAAGAUAGGAAUAUCAAUAUAGAUUUAGUGAAGCAGGAGGUGGAAAAGAAUCCCGUAGUUGCUGAGGGACAAAUGAAUCCUGACACCAGGGAAUAUAAUUCAGAAAAACAUAAAAUAGCAAAAGGGACAUUGAAUUCAGUGGAAAGUGAUUCCAAUCAUCAUUGCCAGUUAACAAAAAAUGUAUCGUUUCAAGAAUUAGACAUGAUAUCAGAAAUAGCAAUGUCUGUACCACAUAUUCCUUCUAAAAAAAUAUUAACCAGCGGAUCUUUGCAAUAUGCAACUAUCCUACAAGAGGAGCAAUGUCUUCCAGGUGGUCCUUGUAGGUCCGGUGGUCAAUGUUUUAGUUUGGAUCAAUCAUAUAUCACAACUGACUUUACUAUUGACAAAAAAUCUCCAAUUAACGAUGCGACAGUGAGUACCCAGGAAGUUUUCUGUGAUAGUACAUCAGGUAUUAACGGCUUAGAAAUAUCAGCAACCAAGAGUGAUCCUCAAGUAAAAAAUGAGCUAUUCGACGUCUUCAGUGCAUGUUGUUCUGAAACCACAGCGCCUGGUUCUCGAGUAAUGAGUGAACCUAUAAGAGGAAGUGGUGGCGGAAGUGGCACACAAACCGUUCCAGAAAAUCCUCAGACUUAUCAAGAUCCUCAAGCGAGUGGUUAUCCAAUGGAAUGCGGCAGGACCUGCUCUCACAGCAAAACUAACGGAUCCCAUAAUAAGAUUCAGCCUCUGCUCACGAUAUCUGCGUGCAAUUACGUUAAACGCGCAACUUGCAUAGAUUGGAGAACCAGUAGAGCGCUGACUGAUGAUCAUCUCUGUAUUCAAUAUCGUUGUCCCUCUCAUGAUUGUCAUCACUGUCAUAAUCCCUGUCAUGAUAGCAGUCUGAAUAACAGCCGAAGAAGCAAAUCCAGGACGAGGAGAGUAACAUUCUGCUUGCCUGAUGAAAAUAAAGAAUGUAAAUGUAAAAAUCAAAGCUCCUUCUGCACAGAAAUACUAAAUAAACAUCAGGAUAUACUAGGAAGUAGCUCAAAAGAGAAACGCUGUAGAAUUCAUAAUAAAAAGGAUUCAAGGUUACCCAAUGCUCAACAAUAUUCUCAGGAUCAUCUUCGUUCAGGAACAUACUGCAUUCUCUCAUGUCAGAAGUGUGAACGGCCAUUAAAAGAAGAAGGAACGACAGCAGGCAAAGUAGGAGAAUCCAAGAUCAUUGAUCCUUCAAGAUAUCCGACAUCGAUCCCAGAGUGUUCAAGAUGUUUGGCUGUUUUCCAAAAUACUUCUGAUCCUUUGUCCCAUGAAUGUUCCAAGAAGAAGCGUCAUCUAAAUAGGAAUUUAUGCAAUAACAAUGGUAAGUAGGACAAGAGAAACAUAUUAAUUACAAACAUCGUCACAAAGACUAUUUGUGUGUGGAUUAAUUAAUUGUUGUGACUAUUGCGAAAGUGCUGACCGGCGGCUUCUACGAUUACUUGUACAAAAGACAAUGGUUUAACCUGAAAUCUAUUGUCGCUAUUUAUCGCGUGCACGUCUAGCACAGCGAUUCAUGCUACGUAGGAUACAUGUGGGAAUUCCAGAAAAAUCAUAAUCGCAUACGUACACCUAUGUAUGAACAUCAUACACUUCCCAAAACGCAGUGCGUGGCGGUUACUAAGCAGCAUUCCUAUAUUUUAUGUACAAAGAUAAAGAUUCCAAUUAGACACGGUCCACGUAGUGACGCCUGAGCCAAGUCGAAUGAAAUUCUGGUUAUAAUGUUAAUUAACGAUCGGUUAAUUAGGUUGCUUAUUCUUUUAACAUAACACAAGGAAUCAGGUUGCUACUGUUGCAACUCUUUAGGUUUGUUAUACUUUACAGAAAUAUAGACGUGUCAUUUGUAUUACGUUACAGGUAGACAGGACGCUCUGUUUCUCUUUCAUUCUCUAUUUUUUACCUUGUCAAAAUAAAAAAUUAACUUUAAUUCCGUCUCCUCUUACAAAACGUGUUAAG